AUGUUUUUCCUCAUAAUCAGUAUUGCAAUAAUUCUCGUCGUCGUUAUCUUACUACUACCCACGUUAUCGGGGUUAACCAAGGUCAGUGUUGAAACCCCUCAUCGUCAUCAUCAUAAACAGGAUCACAGGCCAAACAACAAGAAGCAAGUUGAGAAUCAGGAUGAUUACCAGUAUGGAUACGUGCCACCAGAUGAACUCGCGCAGUCUUCGAAUGACGUGGAUGAUGAAGGGUUUUUGAAAACGGAAGCUCGUGUAUUAAAAGAGAAGCUUCAAUUGCACUCGGAUGAUAUCCCAAUCAGGAUCAAGUUAAAAAACUUUGCUGGAGAUGAGGGCACUGGUUUGAGAAGAAGAAAAGCUGAAAAGUUGGAUUUCAAUACUGAUCCUAAUAGCUAUGAUUAUGACCUUGAUGAACUUAUAGCCGAAGAAACUGAAUCGGCGAGGCAAAAUGCACAAAGAGAGUUUUACAAAGAUCAGAAACUUGGUGGAGAGAAGGAGGAAAUGGUUUGA